AUGAUUCAAUCAGCAGAAAUUAACUUGGAAGAUUUUUCCAUCUCUCCAGAUCAUGGCUUUCUUCCAGGAGGACUUCCACUCCAGAAAUUAUCCUCCUCAUACUAUGCGCCGUGGGAGAAUCUCGCUGUCCGGCUGCCAACUCUCAUUCAGACUGGCCAGAUCAGGCCAUUAGUCGAUAAUCUUCCAGUUCUGACAACAUCACGGUUGCACUCCGAACCAGAAUGGCGCCGUGCAUAUAGCAUCCUCGGGUUUCUAACUCACGCAUAUAUCUGGGGCGGCGAACAACCCCAAGACAUCCUUCCUCCCUGCAUCUCAAGACCCUUACUCGAAAUCUCCUCUCAUCUGGGUCUACCCCCGUGUGCAACAUAUGCAGCCCUCACCUUGUGGAACUAUACCACCGUUCCAGAAGCAGACAUCACAGAACCCGACAAUCUCUCUCUCUUGACGUCCUUUACCGGGACCAAAGACGAAGAAUGGUUCAUCGUCAUAUCAGUUGCCAUAGAGGCAAAGGGUGCCAGAAUCAUCUCUUUGAUGCUAGAUGCAAUCGCCGCAGCCGCCGCCAACGAUGUCCCGCGCCUCACCGCACUACUUUACAGAUUCACUGAUAUCCUCGAAGAUCUCAACUCGACUCUCCGGCGAAUGUACGAGAAGAACAAACCGGAUGUUUUCUUCCACCAGCUCCGUCCCUUCCUCGCUGGGAGCAAGAACAUGAGCGCUGCAGGUCUUCCCAACGGCGUAUAUUACGAUGUCGGCGAGGGAAGAGGAGAGUGGCACCAGCAUAGCGGCGGGAGCAAUGCUCAAAGCUCACUGAUUCAAACCUUUGAUAUCUUCCUCGGUGUCAAUCACUCGGCCACAGGGGAUAUCAAGCCUGCCGGAACGGGAUAUAUUCAGGAAAUGCGAAAAUACAUGCCCGCCCCUCACAGAAACUUCCUGAAAACCCUAUCUGCAAUCUCAAAUAUCCGCGAGUACAUACUCUCCUCGCCGAGCGAGCAAGCUCUAAAAGAAUCCUACAAUGCUGCGGUCCUAUCUCUAAGUUCCUUCCGAGAUACGCACAUCCAAAUCGUUUCGCGGUAUAUAAUAAAACCAGCGCGAAGUGGUGUGCCCUUGAAAAACGAGAAGGUGAAUCUAGCCACGGCUAGUACACAGAUGAAAGGGUUGGAUGAUAAAAAUGCCACAGGUCUUUAUGGCACAGGUGGGACUAGUUUGAUCCCAUUCUUGAAGCAGACGAGGGAUGAUACAAAGGCUGCUACUUGCUAA